AUGUCAUUUUAAAACUAACCCCAACCGUAACUUAAACCUUAACCGCAUUGCUAACCUUGUGUCCUAACCUUAAAUUAAGACAAAAAAAGCAACAACAAAAAAAUCAUACAUUUUUACGAUAUAAACUAUUUGACUUUGUGGCUGUGCUAUCUAGUGGACACUGGAUUUUUUUUUAGGCAUCAUUUUCACUCGACUCAAUCAAAAACGUUUUCAGACACCUACCUAUAAGUUAGCAAGCUAAAAGGAAAGCUAUGCAAAUUUACUUCUGUGGCAGUAUUCGUGGAGGAAGACAGGAUGUGGUUAUUUAUCAGAAAAUUGUGCAGAAACUACAGCAAUAUGGAGAAGUUCUGACGGAGCACGUGAGUCACUGUGAUCUGUCAGAGAAAGGUGAGGAUGCUGUGCAGGACGGCGAUACAUUUAUCCAUGACCGAGAUAUGGAAUGGCUUAUGAUGUCUGAUGUGAUAAUAGCUGAAGUGACACAGCCCUCUCUUGGAGUUGGGUAUGAGCUGGGAAGGGCACUGGACAUGCAGAAGAAAAUCCUCUGUCUUUUCCGGCCCUCCUCUGGAAAAUCACUGUCUGCCAUGAUCAGAGGGGCGGUUGACGGGUCCCUGUUCCAGGUGCGAGACUACAAGGAGGAGGAGGUGGAGGGCAUCCUGGAAGAAUACUUCAACGGACUUGUCAAAGUCUGAGAUGGUCUAACUGCACAUCUAUGGUGCCUUCAAGAGUAUAAGAAGAGAUAUGGUUAGGAUUCCUUAAGUUUCUCAAUUAAGGAUCUAUGUUUGUCAAAAAUGGUUAUGAAUCCAUUUUUUUUGAGAGAGAUUUUAUAGGUAUGACAUGUUUUGAAUACAUUUUCUACAUACACCGUAAGCAAAUGUCUUGUCUUUUUACUGAUUGCAUAUCAGUUUGUUGAAUGCUUAUAAAGCUAUAUCAUAAGGUCA